AUGAUUCGACAUUGUGGUUUACUGGAAUUCCCUUCUGUUGGCGAUAGCCUUUCUUGGAGAGGUUGGCGGGAUAAGAAGCCGAUUCGGUGCCGCCUCGAUAGAGCCUUGGCUAAUGAGGAGUGGCAUGAUAUGUUCAGUAACUCCUUCACGGAAUAUCUGCCGAUGAUUGCAUCCGAUCAUAAACCGGUUUUAGCUUCUCUGGAUGAUAAGGUCAGACGUGGUAAAAGUGUGUUUCGGUUUGAUAGACGAUGGUUGGAAAAAGACGGUUUGUUCGGGGCAAUUGCCUCGGGUUGGGGGGCUGAGUCGGGUGCGGCAAUGUCCACGGUGGCUGAUAAGAUUAUCACUUGUCGUGCUGCGAUAUCUCGGUGGCGGAAGGAGCAGAAGCCCUAUGGGCGGGAAACAAUUGAAGAGUUGAAAGUUUGA